ACCACAACCACCACAGAAGACAGAGCUGGGAAGCUCCCUGACCCUGGGCAUUCCUCUGGUGCGGAGACCUCAAGUGAAACUAUGGAGCCUCAGAGUCAGAGCGCGAAGCUGGAGGUGCCGUUGUCCUUGGGCAGAUACCACAUUUCUGAGGAGUAUGGCUUUCUCCUGCCUAAUCCUCUGGAAGAACUUCCGGAUCAUUACAAGCCUUGGAUGGAAAUUGCCCACAGCCUUCCUCACUUAAUCGAGAGCCACCAGCUCCGAGCUCACGUGUACAGGAUGCCUCUCCUGGACUGCAGAUUCCUAAAGAGUUACCGCGAGCAGCGCCUGGCACACAUGGCGCUGGCCGCUAUCACCAUGGGAUUCGUCUGGCAGGAGGGGGAAGGCCAACCCCAAAAGGUGCUGCCGAGAUCUCUUGCUAUUCCUUUUGUUGAGGUAUCCAGGAACUUGGGACUUCCGCCUAUCCUGGUCCACUCUGACCUGGUGCUGACAAACUGGACCAAAAGGAACCCAGAAGGACCAUUGGAAAUCAGUAACUUGGAAACCAUCAUCUCUUUUCCGGGGGGAGAGAGCCUGCGGGGCUUCAUCCUGGUGACAGUCUUGGUGGAGAAGGCAGCAGUGCCCGGCCUUAAGGCCCUGGUUCAGGGAGUGGAGGCUAUUCGGCAACACAGCCAGGACACCCUGCUAGAAGCCCUGCGGCAGCUGAGACUUUCUAUCCAGGAUAUCACCAGAGCCUUGGCCCAAAUGCAUGAUUAUGUGGACCCAGACAUAUUUUACUCGGUCAUCCGGAUCUUCCUCUCUGGGUGGAAGGACAACCCAGCCAUGCCUGUGGGGCUGGUCUAUGAAGGUGUUGCCACAGAGCCUCUGAAGUACUCUGGAGGAAGUGCAGCCCAGAGCUCCGUGCUUCAUGCCUUCGAUGAGUUCCUGGGCAUUGAGCAUUGCAAGGAAAGCGUUGGCUUUCUACACAGGAUGAGGGACUACAUGCCACCUUCCCAUAAGGCUUUCCUGGAGGAUCUCCACGCAGCUCCUUCUCUGAGAGACUACAUACUGGCCUGUGGUCCUGGGGGCUGCCUGACGGCCUAUAACCAGUGUGUGGAAGCCCUGGUAGAGCUGCGCAGUUACCACAUCAAUGUCGUGGCCAGAUACAUUAUCUCCGCUGCCACCAGGGCCAGGAGCAGGGGGCUGACUCAUCCCUCACCCCAUGCCUUAGAAGACAGGGGCACUGGGGGCACUGCCGUGCUGAGCUUCUUGAAGAGUGUCAGGGAGAAGACCAUGGAGGCCCUCCUGUGUCCUGGUGCUUAGCAGUCAUCUCCUGCAUCUUAGCGCUUAGAUGGUCUCAUCCCUGUAUCCCAGUGCUUAGAGGUUCAUAUCCCACAUCCCGGUGCUUAGCUGUUCUCAUGCUGUAUCCCAGUGCUUUGCAGCAAUGUACUGCAUCCUAGUACUUAGUUCUCAUCCUGCAUCCCAGUGCUUGGCUGUUCUCGUGCUGUAUCCCAGUGCUUAGCAGUCAUGUCCUGCACUCUAGAGCUUAGUUGCUCUCAUCCUGCAUCCUAGUGCUUAGCAUUUUAUAUCCAGCAUCCUUGUACGUAUCAGCCACAUCUUGUAUCUUAGUGCUUAGCACUCAAGUCUUGCAUCCUAGAACUUAGCUAUUCCCAUUCUGCAUCCUAGUGUUUAGAGGUUCACAUCCUACAUCCUAGUGCUUAAAGGUUCACAUCCUGCAUCCUUGUGCUUAGCAGUUUACAUCCUGCAUCCUUGUGCUUAGCAGUCUUGUCCUGCAUCCUAGAGCUUAUCAGUCAUGUCCUGUAGGAGCCAGAACCAGGGUUGGAGCUCUGUCUGAGCCCAAGCAUGGCUUUACUGCUUUGUUCAUAAAUUGUGGCUCCCACCUCGACCCCACCCCAGCCAGUUUGCUUGCUAGAAAGCUUUCUGCACUCCCCAAUCUCCCUGCCUCACAGCAGAGAGCUGCAGCCACGUCCUCCUCAUUCAGUAUUAGGUGGGCAAGUCGGAGAUACCCAAGCUCAAUUUUGAAAGAAUCAAGUUGCUUUGGGGCAUGUUAUUUCAUCUUUUCUUACCCUGGGCCUCUCCCCUUCUUCCCUACCUCCCUGGUCCCUCAGUCUCUCACCCCCCCUUUCUCCUUUUGCCACCCUCCCCCUCCCCCUCCCCUGUUUACUCUCUUUCCCCUCCCCUCUCCUCACCUCUCCUUCCCUUCUUCCUUCCCUUUUUGUCUGUGAAACACAAGGUCUGAUGGGCCUCAAACUGUGAUCUUCCUGUCCCACCCUUCAGAGGUUAUAUGUAUGUGACGUGUGUGUGUGUGUGUGUGUGUGUGUGUGUCCGUUUCUUUUGUUUUGCCUGAGUGGAGAUGACACCCACAGUUUUGCACACAUCAGGUCAUUGCUCCACCACCUGGCUACAGUCCCAGCUCUCUGUCUUCUUGAAGGAAAGUCUUGAGGAGUUGCCUAGGCUGGUAUUGAGCUCUUUAGCCCAGGCAGGCCUUAGUCUGAGUGGCUGGGAUGUACAGGGAUGAGCCACUGAGCCAUGCUGCUGCUGCUGUUAAUGAUGAUGAUGAUGGUGAUAACGACGAUGACGAUGACGAUGAUGA